AUGGAAGAACACAACAAGAAUAUUGUGUACGACUUGUACAAGGCAUUAGCUACCGGUGAUACCACCACGGUGCAACGCGUCCUAGCGCCAGAUAUCGAGUGGUGGUUCCAUGGUCCACCAUCAAAUAAGUGCAACCUCAUGAGAGUGCUCACCAGUAAAGGUUAUUCUUCUUGUCAUAGCAUAUCUUUUGAGCCUCUUUCUAUCGUUGGUAUCGGGACCAUGGUACUAGCGGAGGGAUACCAAGUUCAUCAAAACCGAAAAACGUAUUGGGUACAUGCGUGGACCGUAGAUAAUGGGAAGAUUAUAACAGAAGUGAAAGAGUAUCACAACUCUUCGGUUAUAGUAGUUACGCGAAUUAAAAAGUCUAUUAAUGACGUCGUCGAUUUGGCUUCACCGGGGUGUCUUAAACCGAGUAAAAUGUGGCAAAGCAAACUUGCUAACAAUGCUUAUUUGCCUCGACUUCUUCUUGUGCUGUAA